UCCAAGGGGGAGACGGCGGGGCUGGACACCCGCGUCUCCGACCUCCUCCCCUCCCCCCCAAACCCUCGGAGUGGUAAAGGGGACCCUGGCCCGGCCACGCAGCCCGGACACGCAGCCCAGCCUCCUCCCCUGGCCUCAGGUCACUCCUGCCACUGGGCCAGCCCAGCAUGCUGCCUUGAACCUGGCUCUGGCCACUCAAGACACCUGCUCCUGACACCCCUGAUUGUGCUGUGGCCUGGUGUGCGUGCUCGAGGCUGCAAAGCACCCGAGCAGCAGCUGCAGGGGGCCUCUGCAGACCCCCGCCGCUGGUUCUGAGGACACAGCAUGGCGAUUACCCUGCAGCCCAGUGACUUGGUCUUUGAGUUCGCGAGCAACGGGAUGGAUGAUAUCCACCAGAACAAGCCUGCCACUUCUCCUAGACUGAGCACUGAGCCCCGCCAAAAACCGGACUCCUCACCGGGCCCACUGGAGACAGCCUCCCAUUGGUUGAGCACAUCCCCUGGGAAUAUCACCCCACCAGGGCUCCAAGAAUUUGGAACUGCAAAGCUGGAAGACCCCUCUGUGUUCCCGGCUGUAAUCGUGGAGCAGGUCCCCUAUCCCGAGUUACUGCAUCUGUACUCGGGCCUGGAGCUGGAAGAUGGCCACAGCGGCAUCAUAACAGACGGGGCCCUGUGCAUGGCUCAGGACCAGAUCCUGGAGGGCAGCUUUUUGCUAACAGAUGACAAUGAGACGGCCUCGCAAAGCGCCCCGACUACUGAGGUUUUGCUCAACGUUGAGUCUCCCAGUGACAUCCUGGAUGAGAAGCAGAUCUUCAGCACCUCAGAAAUGCUUCCGGACCCAGACCCAGCUCCAGCUAUCACUCUGCCCAACUACCUGUUUCCUGCCUCUGAGUCUGAUGCCCUGAACAGGGCUGGUGAUGCUGGUGACCAGGAAGGACAGGCUCUGGAGAAGGACAUCCAGGAGGAGAGUGCCAAGAAGACUGGAAAAGCAAAGAAAAGAAUCCGGAAGACCAAGGGCAGUCGCAGCACCUCUCCUGUCACUGACCCUAGCGUCCCCAUCCGGAAGAAGUCCAAGGAUGGCAAAGGCAGCACCAUCUAUCUGUGGGAGUUUCUCUUGGCACUGCUACAGGACAGGAACACCUGCCCCAAAUACAUCAAGUGGACCCAGCGGGAAAAAGGUAUCUUCAAGCUGGUGGAUUCCAAAGCCGUGUCCAAGCUGUGGGGGAAACAGAAGAACAAGCCGGACAUGAACUAUGAGACCAUGGGGCGGGCACUAAGGUAUUACUAUCAGAGAGGCAUCCUGGCCAAGGUGGAAGGGCAAAGGCUGGUAUACCAGUUCAAGGAGAUGCCCAAGGACCUGGUGGUGAUUGAAGACGAGGACGAGGCAAGUGAAGGUGCAGUGGCUUCACCCGAGGCCUCCACUCCAUCCACAUCCAACGUCAGCACUGCCCGCCGCGUCAGCUCCAGGGUCUCCUCCAGAGCAACCCCCCAGGCUAAGGGCAGCCCCUCCUGGGAAAAGCCCAAGGUCCCACAGGUGGGUCUGCAGCCAUCGGCUAGCCUGGAAUCGGGACUGUCUCUGGAUGAGGAGCUCCCUACUACCUCUGCUGUGCUCGUCUCCCCACCAGAAAGCCAGGCCAAGCUCCCCAAAGCCAUGAGUACUUCGGUGCCAGGCAACCUCCACCUGGGAGUGACCCCUGUGGGCCCAGGAUCCACCCUUACCCUGCAGACCAUCCCGCUGACCACGGUGCUGACCAACGGGCCUACUGCCAAUGCUGCUGCUUCCACCCAGCUCGUGCUCCAGAGCGUUCCGCCCACCUCCACCUUCAAAGACACCUUCACCCUGCAGGCGUCCUUCCCCCUGAAUGCCACUUUCCCAGAGAGCCAGGUGCCUGCACCAGGGGCUCCACUGAUUCUCAGUGGCCUCCCCCAGCUACUGGCAGGGGGCAGCCGAGCAGUGAACCCCACCACACCCACAGUCACAGGGGCCGGAGCAGCAGGGUCUAGCACCCAACCCCCAGGGACUGUCAUCGCUGCGUUCAUCAGGACUUCUAGCACCAGUGCAGUGCCCAGGGCCAAGGAGGGGCCCCUGAGGUCUUCCUCCUAUGUGCAGGGCAUGGUGACUGGGGCCCCCGUUGAGGGGCUGCUGGUUCCGGAAGAGACCCUAAGGGAGCUUUUGAGGGAUCAGGCUCACCUUCAGCCACUUCCAACCCACUUGGUUUCCAGGGCCCCCCCCAACCCCAGCCUUCUGGGGAACCAGACUUUUGCACCCCCCAUGCACCCCACUGUUGGGCUGACCCCAGUGGCUGAACUUGAGCUCUCCUCGGCCUCUUCGGGGUCCCUCUUAAUGGCUGAAGCUGGUGCGAGUACAUCGGGGAGCCUGCUUAGCAGAUCCCCCACUCCAGCCCCCUGCCCCCCAUUCAACCCCACUUCCCUCAUUAAGAUGGAGCCCCAAGACAUGUAGAUGUGCAGGGCGGGCCCAGCAGGCAUAGGUGGGCACCAGUCCUUCAGUUCUGACAUCUGAUCCCUGGCCCCCACCCCUGCCUGGUGGUCCUGCCAUGGGGUCAGGACUUUGGAGAGCACUUGGGGGACACUCUCAUCAGGGGUGGAGGGUAGACUUGGUGAUGGAGGGACACCUGAGAGGGCUGUGGCCAGGCCUGGUGCAGGGGCUCUGAGGGCUGAGUCCUUCCUCCUGUGAGUCACCCCUGCAUUCCCGCCACAGACAACAUACGGCCCCAUCUGUGAAUGUGUCUGUCCAUGUCCGUGUGUCCUUGUGAGUUUGUAUCUGUUUCUUGAGGAAGAUGCAGGGGUGUGGCUGUGAGGUCCUCAAGGGCCUGCAUCCCUCUGCCAAACAGCCCCUUCCACCCCCACAUGAGGGGGGGUUGUUUUUCAAAAAAAGGAAAUUAGGUCUCCAGCUCCUGUUCGAAUAAACCACGAUCCAGUUGCUCAGAGACUGGGGGGUACAAGUUGGAGUCCCUGAAUCUAGAACGAUUUUGUCACAGAGUUGGAGGGGGUUCAGAGUAUGGGGGCUUGGAUAGCCCCCUUGACUUGGGGAAAAGCACAUUUUGAAGGGACAAGGAGAAGGCUAAGUGGAAGAAGCUCCCCCCCCCCCACACACACCUUCAGCCUCUUAGGACUGUCCUGUCCCUGGAGUCAGCUUCUGUGCCAGCCAGGCCCCACCCAGCCAGUGGGCUGGAAGACUGAGCAUUUUGGCCAAGCACUUGGCUGAACAGUUUGACAGAAGUUUGACAAAAGAGCCAGACUUCAUGUCCCAGUCUGGGGCCGAAUUUUUGCUGAAUGUUUGGGGCUGAGCUCCAAACAGCCUUCCCUGGUGCCCCAGCCUACACCUCACAUCCUGGGUUCCCUCAUCAUUCAUUUUGCACCGGAUGUUGCCCUAGUGUCAGGUGUUGUUGGGGAGCACUGGACAGGGGAGUCCAUCCCCCUAUGUGUGCACCUGCUGCUAAGCCUUCUACUCACCCGCCCACCUGCUCCCACUGUAGCUACCGCCAGCCCUCAGCUCCAACUUUUGCACUUGACCGUGAUUCCUCCUUCACCAAGAAGUCUGGAGCCAGUAGAUGUGAGCUUCCCCCCUCCCUUCUGCCUUUCCACAGUCUUGCACCCCUCCCCCCCCAAGUGCUGAGCAGUUGUCGCUUAAAGUCAGCCCCUGGGCCUUAGUCCCCUCCCGUCUCCUUUCUGUCUUUGGAAUUUUCUUGCCCCCACCCCGGCCCCCCUGCCCUUGGAAGCAGAUUAUUUGGUGAAUUUGGUUAAUGUGAAUCCGCACUGCGGAACCGACCUCUGCUCUGUCCUCCGCACAAACCCAUCCCGUUGGCCUAACUACCUCCCCAGAUUACCUUUCUCUCUUCCCUUUCUGUACCCCAGCUGCCAAGUCCACCGCCAUCCCCACCCAGUUGUCUUCUUCCCUUCCCUGGGAGGGGACCCCACGUGGUUGUGCAGUUGUAUUUAUUACGUGUCUCCAGCACUUGGCAUUAAAGUGCCCUUUUUCUAAUAAAAUCCGUUUAUUGUGAUAA